CAAACCGACUAGCCGGGUAAAGAACAUCACUACCCGCGCUAAUCCCGUUACGCCAUUCUCUUUGCGAACACGGAGAAGAGAGCUGUGGCUGUUGCUCUAAGCCAUCAUCGAUCUGAAUCUAACAAGCUGUCCUUCCUGGAGAAACAACUUUCCAACACCACCACAUACCAACCACACGCACUAUCACGACGUCACGAACGAGAAAUAGAAUCUUGCCAUCAUGACGCACACCCAAAUGUCGAACCUCCACGAGGACAUGAUCCAUGAUGCCGCUCUGGAUUACUACGGCAAGCGCCUCGCAACCUGCUCCUCCGACAAGACCAUCAAGAUCUUCGAAGUCGACCGCGAGAACCACCGCCUGCUCGAGACACUACGAGGCCACAACGGCCCCGUCUGGCAGGUCUCCUGGGCGCACCCCAAAUUUGGCAACAUCCUCGCGAGCGCCUCCUACGACGGCAAGGUGAUAAUCUGGCAGGAGCGACAAGGCCAAUGGUCGAAGCUGAUUGAGCACGCGAACCACCACGCCUCUGUCAACGCGGUACAGUGGGGCCCGCAUGAGCUCGGCGCGAUCCUCGCCUGCGCCUCCAGCGACGGAAAAGUCUCAGUCCUCGAGUUCAAAGACGAUGGCUCGUGGGAUACCAAGACCUUCAGCGCGCACGCAAUCGGCUGCAACAGUGUCUCCUGGGCACCUGCCACCACCCCCGGAAGCCUCGUGCAGACCUCGCAGCCGUCUGCGCCCGCCACUCAGCGAAAGUUCGUUACCGGUGGUAGCGACAACCUCGUCAAGAUCUGGAGCUUCAAUGCCGAGGUCGGAACUUACACCGAAGAAACCACGCUCGAGGGCCACCAGGACUGGGUCCGUGAUGUUGCCUGGGCGCCCAGCAUCCUCCCCAAAUCCUACAUCGCGUCGGCGAGCCAGGACAAGAGCGUGAUCAUCUGGACUGCCGAGAGCGCCGAGGGCCCCUGGACGAAGAAGGUGCUCCCCAUGGACUCGGUCAUGUGGCGGGUCUCUUGGAGUCUUAGCGGAAACGUGCUGGCGGCCAGCGGAGGAGAUAAUAAGGUUACCCUGUGGAAGGAGACAUUGAAGGGUGAAUGGGAGAAGGUCAGUAGUGUCGAGGAGUAAAUUUGCGGGUUUCUUGUGUAGCAUUGUCGAUUUUACUUGCUUGCUUCGAUAACCCUCACGAAAAACUUUGGUACCUUUUUGCAGCGAAGUUGGAUGGCGGGAUAAUGAUGGGUUGGAAAGUCUUAUACUUCUUUACUACCGAUAGACAAUUGUAGGCGGCGCAGCGAAUAUCAAAAUUUGUGGGGGUUGGUUAGGUUUUUUUACGA